AUGUUUGUACCCUCGCCGUCUUCGCCUGCACCAUUCCACGGCUGUAUUCCUCAACCUCAUCAGCGAGAAGCGGCUUCAAGAUACUCCAGAUACGAGCGAUCGCGAUCGCCACGCGACCGCUCACCUGACCGUUUCGAUAGGGCCUCGCAGUACGGUGAUGGCGACAGGCGACGCCCUUCCGAGGUUCGGUCCAACAAUGGCGGCUUUCCUCCCAAUCGCGACUCAUUCGGUGACCCUCUGAGGAGGGAGCCUCCUCGUGGCCCCAAAGCUCUAAUCGAUGCGCCUAGUGGUCCUCGUGGUGGAGGGUUUGGAGGUGAUUUCCGAGGAGGCCGCGGGCGUGGUAGAGGACGUGGAUGGUCAACGCGAGAUGAGAGUAGGGACCGUGGACGGGAUCGAGACAUGGAUUUCCGGGAUCGCUACCGUGAUGACAGAAGCCGCGAGCGUGAUCGCGACCGCGAAAGGGACAGAGAUUGGCGCGAUGCGAGGGAUUUCAGGUCACGUCGCUCACCCAUUGGCCGUGCGAGGUCACCAAACCGAGAUUUCCGGGAUCGAGAUCGAGAUGGACCGCUUGGAGUCGACGCAGAUAGGUCUCGGAGAGGUUCUCGUGAUGGUGGACCCCCUUCAGCAGGAUCCUCUUCGUCCGACCCUCAGUUCGGCAUGUCACCGUAUCCCCGUGGCGGUGGAUUUCAUCGUGGACGUGGUAGAGGAAGAGGUGACUGGUCCGCAGACCGAGGGAGGGGUAGAGGACCUUAUAUGGACGACAGAGGGGAUCGCUACCCACGAAGCAGGUCUCAAGAGGGCCGCUGGGGUCGGGAACGCGAGGAAAGGGACCGCAUGGAUCGAAUGGACCGAUACGCCGACCCGGAGACCCGACGCGAUAUUCGAGAUGACCGCGACCCUCGAGAUCGUGAACUCUUUCGAAACAAGUUGGAAGCACGCGCGAAUGCUGGUCACGACUCGGGCCCUCCCAGUAAAGAGGUUUCGCCACCACCCGUUGCACCUUCAGCUCCCGCUUUUGGUUCCGUUCCGAGUCGCGCUCUGAGCGUGGGUGAGGGCUACGUCCCAGCAAGUGCUGCGGUCAAGGUUCCUCCUACCGCCCCCCGAGCUUUCAACGAUCGACCUCCCUCAGCUGGACAUGAGCCACCAAUGCCCCCAGUUGGGCCAGCCAAGUCACUUCACGAUAGCCCUCCGAUCCCAGUUGGACCCCGAGCUCAGCAACCACCGCCACCAAGGCCGUCCAGCAAGCAAUGGAUCAACCCGAAUCUGAAAAAGGCUCCCGACUCCCCCAAGAUGAUGAGAUCCCCGAGCUUUGUCCAGCAACGACCACCACUCCGGCGCGACAGCUCACAGUAUGACCAUUAUCACGAUGACGACAGGCGACCGCGUAGUAGUGAUGCCAAGUCUGACUCACAUUACUCGGCCAUCGACAACCGAGCAAGAUCAAAUUACAGCGCGGAACCAGGAGAGAUUACGGUCCGGUCCGAGCGAGAGUCUCAAUCUGCGAGAGCUUCAGUGGACAGGGAUGCUCGGCCAACUAACGCUCCUGGUGCUCCCAGGGAUUCUCAUCGUGGUGGACCUGUUCCAUCACCGACAACCGACAGUCUUCCCAGGUUCAGUCAACCUAUCGAGCAGCGCAUGAGAGAGUCAAGAGAACCGCCCAAGCAAGCACCCAAGCGAAAGCGCAAGCUUCCUGUCGUUCCAGUUGUGAGAUUCGCACUGCCACCGAAAACAGCGCCUCCCGAACAAAACUCCGAGUCCGACGAUGACGAAGACAUGGCGGAUUAUUUUGCUAUGGAGAUUGCAAAGACCGAGGCUGAGCUGAGCAAGCUAGAGAAACCCAAGCUUCCCACGCAGAUUAUGGCCCGUUUUGCGGCCUUGUCACAUGGGGCAAUGGUGAAAAUAGUUAGCGAGGGCGAAGGUCUGAUGAAGAUGGUGGAGGAACUCCCGGAGGCAGUGAAUCAGCCUGUUGUCGAGAAGAUCGAGGAGCCCACAUCCGUUGAUCAGCAACCAGAACAGGACACAGAGAUGACCGACGCUGUCGUUGCGUCAAAGGCUACUCCAGAACCACCAGCACAGCCAGACCAUGAGCCUGAAGCCCCCGCCAGCGUGGAAAAGCCCGAAGAACCGCCUGUAGAAACCGUGGAUAUUCCCAUGGCAGAGAGCGACCCUACGCCCCUGGCGCCUGAACCUGCCAAAGAGCCCAGUGAAAAGCCCAUCGAAAAACCUAUCGAGCAACCCAGCGAGAGGCUGAGUGAGCAACCGGAAGAAAAGCCGAGCGAAAAAGCCAUCGAUGAGGAAUCCGCCGAGAAGCCUGACGAAAUGGUCAUCGAGAAGACGACUGAGACAACUGCCGAAGCUACUGUCGAGAAACCCGCCGACAAGACGACUGAAGAGCCUCGCGAAGAGGCCCCCGAACAACCCAUGAAGGAACCCACGCCGCCUGCGCCUGCGCCUGCGCCUGCGCCCGAGCCUGAAGCUCAACCCGAACCACAACCCGAACCCGAACCGAAGAUGGAGGACACCACCAAGCCAACUGUCGAAGUGGCCCCAGCGGCUCCUGAAACAGCCCUGCCUACUGUGGAAGAAGCUGCAAAGGAAGAUGAGGCCACCAAACCGGCCGAAGUGCUGGCCCCUGAGCCGGAGAAGCCAAGCGAGACCCCCCGCGAGGAACAGGUUGAAGCAACUGCCGAGAAGCCUAUGGAUAGCAAGCCAAGUGAGCCUCCUACCGAGAAGGCGGUCGAGGCUCAACUCCAAAAACCGAGCGAUGAAGUUGCAGAAAACCCUAGCGAAGCGCCGAUCGAGAAGCCCGAGACAACUUCCAACGAGCACCUGGCAGCUGAACCUGUGUCUAUCGCCGUUCCUUCCCCCAAUGCUGUUCUUCAAACAACUGAGACGGGAUCAAAACCUCCUAGUACACCAUCUCAAGUUGAUGACGAUGAGACAGAGUCCGAAGAUGAUUCAUUCAUGAACAUCGGCGCCAUCCGCCAGUGUAUGAGCACACCCCCGAUUGACAGCCUUCCUGACUUUGGCUGCCAGCCAUGGCAUGAAGACAGGGAAUUCAUGCGCUCUUUGGACUCGGACCCUGGCAUUUAUGAUUUCGUCAUGGAACACCUGGACAGACUGCACCUGGAAAAGACUGCUGAGCAAGAACGCGACCGCAAGAUCUACGCCGAUAAUUAUGUGCGGUAUCUGGAUUUCACAACAUCAAAUGACCCAGCCGCGGUGAAGAGUCGCGGAAAAUUCUCCACUUCGACUGCUGAUGGGACUGGCGCGGUGACCCCGGAGCCCAAGCACGAGGGCAGCGGCCGCGGUCGUCGUUUUGCGACCGAACGAGACCUAGAGCGGGUUCUACAGGCAUCUAUGAGAGAGGACGAGGAGAGAAAGGAACGGGAGCUCCGCAUGCAACAGGAAAAAUAUCGUACCGAUAAGGACGCCGUUAUACCUGAAAUGAUUUGGACUCAAGAAGAGAAGGACAACAUCAAAUACCUCGACCAUUCCGGUUUCACGCCUGUUGACAGGCUCGUAGCAGCAUGGCGCGUACUUCCGCCUGUCAACAACUUUUCCGAAGAGGAGGCCGGGCUAUUUGAGAAGCGAUACUUGGAAGCACCAAAGCAAUGGGGCAGAGUGGCAGAUGGUAUCCCUCAUCGCGACUUCUCCUCUUGCAUUCAGUAUUACUACAUGAACAAGAAGGACCUGAACCUGAAGGAGAAGCUCAAGAAGCAACCCAGGAGGCGCAAGAAGGGUGGCCGAGGCAAGCAGCGAUCUAGUGCACUCGUUUCUGAACUUGGCAACGGCGAAGGCGAGACGGAGGAGAACCACGAGACCGGAGAAAACGGAGAGAGAAGACGACCAAGGCGAGCCGCUGCACCAACAUGGGGCUUCGAACAACCGGCUGUGGAUACAGACAACUCGACACCUUCUGCCACGCCUGGCAGACGUGGAGCGUCAGCUAAGGGCGACCAUCCAGAGAAGGUGGAUGGGAGGAAGCGUGGACGCAAAGCUAAGGACAAAGAUGCGAAAGCGCACAAGACGAACCAAACGCUGGCCGCAGCUCCAGCUCCCGGAAAGGGCCGCUCGAGGUCCAACUCGAGGGCGCUCAACACGGAGACACAACCGCCUGCGCCAGCCGAGGUUCAUCGCCUCCCCACUCAAUUCGAGCAACAGCCGUCGGGAAUACAGCCGCCAUUCCCUGUUCAACAGCAGCAGCCCAUACAGACUAUGGAUCGACCUCAACCUAUCGCUGCCUCCUCUUCCAUCUCGGAGGUUAUGGCAGCACCUUCGCUUCGACCUGAGCCUCCACCCCAGCCGGCCAUUACCACAUUCAACCUGGCUCAGCCUCAGCCAGAGCGCAAGGCUCCGACCCAAGCGUCGAGUUACUGGAGUGUGUCUGAAUCUAAUGACUUCCCACACCUACUGCGCUCAUUUGGAUCUGACUGGACUGGGAUCGCGGCCCACAUGGGGUCUAAGACCGCUGUCAUGGUCAAAAACUACUUUGUCCGCCAAAAGGAUCAAGGCAAGGCUGAAUGGGAGACGAUCGUUCAAGAGGCCGACAGGAAGAAGAGCCGUGGCGAGAAGCUGCCUGAUCCUCCUCAACCAUCGCAGGGAGGUCGUGGGAGAAGAUACGACAACUCAGCUGCGGCGUCUCGACCUCUUGCCGUUGCUCCUGGUAUCGAGCUUCACAACGAAGUAGCCCAAGCAGCCAAGAUGGAAGCUGCUGCCCAAGCUACUCGAGGCCAGCCGUUCUCCAACUAUGGCGUGCCCAUUGCUCAGGCUCCUGUGCAGCAACCUCUUGUUCAGCCACCAGCGCAGCCCUUGGCGAUGCAACAACACCCUGUUGCCGCCCAACCUGUCUCUCAGGCAAUGUCACCGAGCGCACGGCCUUUGCGAGCACCUGUCCGGCAGUUUGGGUUCCCCGAGCGAGAGCGUGAACAAGGCCAGCGAGUGCCACUUCCUCCAAAGGCGCCCUCUGGUCCUCCCGUUGCAGAGCCACGCGAGCGACCUUUGGCUGCUGCACAGCCGCCUCUACAGCCGGCACGGACCGAUCCCAUAUUUGAACAGCACAACGCUCAACUUGAGCGGCAGAAGGCGGAAAUGCAGAUGCGCGAGCGGCAGGAGAGGGAACAACGAGAAAGAGAACGAGAGAGGGAGAGAGAAAUGGCACGCCAGUCGGAGCGGCAGACGUUGCGGGUUAAGCAAGAACCGGAAGUCGCCCCUCCACCGCACCAUUACGAGCAGUUUGGCCAUCGACAGCAAGGAAGCCUUGGUGGCCAGCCUCUCGCGAGACCACCACCGCAAGAGCCAGGCCGACCUCCGACAUAUGCUCCUCCUCCUGUGCAGCAGCAACCGCCCCAGCAGCAGCCUCCUGCGCAGCCGGUGAGGAACUUGCUCAGCGAGCAGCCGCAGGUCCGGUCUCCUCAGAUGGGAACGCCCACCAGCCGGCCCGUGUCGUCACUUCAACAUAGGCCGUCAUCUGGCUCGCUGCAGGAGGGAUAUGGCUCCACGACACCUCAGGCAGGGACGCCAACUCCAGCGGCGGCACCUCCUCGUCCAUCAGAGCCUCGCAAGGGAGGAUUUAAUAUUUCUGCCUUGCUCAAUGAUGAUCCUCCGCCGGCGGCGCCCAAGCGCAUCAGCGAUGUAGCCAGCACGCCUAUGAGGCCUUCACCUACACCCCCGCCUCCAGUCAUGGGUCGCCCUCUCCCUGGGCCUGGGCCAGCGCCGCCUUCACAGAUGCGUCGGGAGCCGGAACCAUAUUCACCUUAUGGACGAGCACCAUCAGGAGGAGCCUCAGCGAUGCCUUCACUCAAGCCCACAUAUACAGAUUCUCCUCAGCCCCAGCACAUGGGAGCUUCGAGGGCUUCAAUCGGGGUCUCAGUUGAGGCUGCUGCGGCAGAGAGAGACUUUUACAGGCAAAAUCCGUACCAGCCAACUUCUCAGAGUGGGACAAACUCCCCCCAGAGCGGCCAUCGUUAUCCUCCACCUGGUCCACCCAGCCAGAUGUAUCAGGGUCAGGGGUAUCCUACGUCAUACGGUGCCGCAGCCCCUCCCCCUCACACUGCAUCACCAGGUGGACAGUACGCGCUGCAUCCGUCGGCUUCUCGUUCGCGAGAGGUUCCUCAGAGCAGCCGUGAUGGUGGAUGGCCAACGCCAACUCACCAACAGCCGCCAGGCAGUCUCCCACAGGCGACAGGGUGGCCAUCACAGCCCCCCAACACAUCUCAGCCGCCGCCAUCGCAACAAUCUUGGCCAACACAGCACCCAGCGUCCAAGCCCCAGACGCCUGCUCCAUCAUGGGCCCCAUCGCAGCCACCACCGCAACCGCCUCAUCACAUGCCCCUGAGAGACGACGGACGGGGCGGGCCGUACUAUAGCUCAGGGGGUGGACUUCCCCCACAGCAACAUCAAAUGCAAGGGCGAUACCCGCCACCUGGUCGUGGACCGGAGCCAGUGCCACCUCCCUCACAGGCGUACCCGCGCUAUGCUUCUACCCCAGGCCCUGCUCCGCCGCGAGAUCCUAGAGACAUGCCGGGUCGGAGCUACACGCCAGUGGGCGGGUAUGAUAACCGUGGACCACCUCCGCCAGGAGGCCCUGGCUACCCAGGCCACGAGGCGCAAAAUGUACAGAUGAGAGAUGCCCGGGACCCUCGAGACCCGCGAGAUGGACGGGAUCCUCGUGAUAUGAUGAGAGGAUUGAGGCCACAUGAGUAUGAUAGGCAUCCGGAUCAGUACCGGAGGUGA